AGUUCGUCCUGUUCGCGGUCCACGGUGUUUUGUCGUUUGUUUACUGGUUAGGUAAAUCCUAAGUACCGGACCGUGUUAUUCGAUUUUAAUCCGAAAACCGUACGUUUUUUAACGUAUAAACUAAUUCCAAGAUUCAUUUCACAUUCGGUCCUGUAAUCCUGUAGUGUGACUUAUUAGCCGCAAAAAUGCCUGUCACAAAGAAUAAUAAGAUGAUGCAGCACAUCAACUAUAGAGUGCGCGUUAUAUUACAAGAUUCCAGAAUGUUUAUCGGCACAUUUAAAGCCUUUGAUAAACACAUGAACUUGAUUUUGGCUGACUGUGAAGAAUUUCGUAGACUGAAAAGUAAAGCCAAAGUACCUACAAUACCUGCAGAACCGAGAGAAGAAAAGCGUGUACUUGGUUUUGUUUUAUUACGUGGACAAAAUAUAGUAUCUAUAACUAUUGAAGGACCACCUCCACCCGAGGAAGGUCUUCCUAGAGUGCCACUGCCAGGUGGGGGUGGUCCAGGAUCUAGCCGCGCUGCUGGACGAGGGAUGCCUUCUGUUAUACCAUCAGCGGCUACACCAGGCUUACAAGGACCAGUGAGAGGUGUUGGAGGUCCUUCACCAGCAGCAAUGGCACCCACUAGAGGUGCUCCAGCUCAACCACCAAUAAGAGGGCCACCAAUGAUGGCUCCUCCACCAGGCAUAAUGGCUGGUAUGCCACCAAUGCCUGGUAUGGGUCGAGGUGGACCACCACCAAUGCCAGCCAAUAACAUGCGUGGUCCUCCACCUAUGAUGAGAGGUCCUCCAGCUGGCCCAAGAGGAUAUUAGUGUGUAAUACUAAGAUGUUAUAUACUGAAGAUUUGAUAUGACUAAAUAAAUAAUCAUUGCUUAAUAUUCAACAAUUGUAUUACCAUUUCAUAAACAAGUGAUGUUCAACUACA